CGCGCCCGCAGCCGCCGACAAGCACACGCUAACGCGCCGGCGUGCGACCGCCCCGUCCCGUGAAGCAGCGAGCAGAACGUGUCCCCCCAAACAGGACGGCGUCCCCCCCCGGAGCGUCCAGAUCAGACCCAGACCACUAAACGAGAGUCAUGUCAGGAUCACACGCAGAAAACAGCGUUUCUAGAACUGAAUCCUGUCCUCAUCCAGUGGGAGACAUUUGCCGAUCCGAAUCCCUUGGAAAAAUGAGUUUAAAGCUGCGCAGAGACACAUGUAGGUCAUUGGCAGGAAAGGUUAGAAAGAAUCCCUUUGAUCCAUGGCAUGUCAUUAAUAAGCCCAAUCUUAAGGAAUAGCUAAUGUGGCCUUGAUUCGAGUUUGUGAACAUCGAGCCAGGGAAUAUCGCCGUGAAAAACACGGAUGGAGCCGCCGAGGGGGCCGCAGGGCAGCCGAGAGCGAGAGAGAGAGAGGGGGAGAGAGAGAGAGAGAGAGGCUGGUCUCAUACAGCAGGAGUUCAAAGGUCAGCCACAGCGCAGCUCUUUAACACUUUCAGCUCAGCGAGUGUUUAAAGGUUGAUUAAUGACAGCUUAAAAAAAAAAAAAAACACUCACAUCCAACAUAAAAGAGGAGUUUUUAUCUGUUUAAUGAAACUGAUGGAUUGGUAAACGGCUGCAGUUUCGGCUUUUUCACACGUAUUGAUUCAGAAACAACCGAGAAAGAGUUAUUAAAUGAUAAAAGUGGAGUAAUUACUGUUAAUGCGUGUCUUUAAAUGUUUAAACACACUAUUACACAUUACAAAAGGUGGAAUUAGAGUGGAAAAAACAAAAGUAUAAUUACUUUAUUGAUCCCAGAGGGAAAUUCCUUAAAAAUGGGUUUAAGAAUUAAAAAAAAAAAAUCUUUUUAUCAUGACUAAAGAAAAUGAAGAAAACUAAAACUGCUCGAUGGCUCAAAUUUGAUAAUCCUGCCGGUGAUUCUCCAUUUCUUCAGAUCAGAUAAGGCCAAAGAUCAGCAGCACGCAGCUGAAAAAUAAGAUGUGAGAGGAAACAGAAAUAGGAUGUGUAAGAGUUUCCUAAGAAGAACUUGCCAUCAGGCAGUUUCAACACUCCUGGAGAUAAAGAGUUCAGGAACCGUGUCAAGCUCCGAGAGAUCGGCACAUCACUACCGCAUAGGUCACACACCUGCACACACACACACACACACACACAUGCGUCCCCGCUUCUGGCUGUCUGUGUGUGACUGUGUGUGUGUGUGUGUGUGUGUGUGUGUGUGUGUGUGUGUGUGUGUGUGUGUGUGUGUGUCCAGCCUGACAUGCAGGGACCUCCUGAACGCGAAACAAUUAAAACACCCGUAGAGCGGCGCGCCGUGCCGCCGAGAACACGACAGUAAGGAGAAAAGAGAGAAAAGUAAAAGAGAAGCAGCGAGAAAAGCUGAUUAUUCAGAUGUUUAUCUCUGACUGGCAGUAGGUGAAGUCUUUAAAUAGGGCGCCGGUUGCAGUGGGGAUGUCUGACUUUCUGGACUGCAUGAGAGCGGCCGUUCCAGUGCAGCCAGUGCGGCGCCUCCUUCACCCAGAAGGGCAACCUGCUGCGCCACAUCAAGCUGCACUCGGGGGAGAAGCCCUUCAAAUGUCACCUGUGCAGCUACGCCUGCCGGCGGAGGGACGCCCUCACCGGCCAUCUCCGCACGCACUCGGUUGGAAAACCCCACAAGUGCGCUUACUGUGGGCGGAGCUACAAGCAGCGCAGCUCUCUGGAGGAGCACAAGGAGCGGUGCCACAACUACCUCCAGUGCAUGGGGCUGCAGAACAGCAUCUACGCAGUAGUAAAGGAAGAAAGCAACCAGAAUGAGCAGAGGGAAGACUUAAGCCAGACGGGAUCUGACAGAGCCUUGGUGCUAGACAGACUAGCGAAUAAUGUAGCUAAGCGUAAGAGCACUAUGCCACAGAAGUUUGUGGGAGACAAACGCCUGUCUGACCUCCCGUACGACGGCGGCGCCGGCGAGAUGAUCCAGCCCCACGUCAUGGACCAGGCCAUCAACAGCGCCAUCAGCUACCUGGGGGCCGAGUCGCUGCGGCCCCUGGUGCAGACGUCCCCGGCCUCCUCCUCCGACGUGGCGCUGGGCUCCAUGUUCCCCCUGCACAAGCCGGCGGCGGACGGCCACGCCGGGACGGGCAUGUCGGCCAAAGACAGCGCCGCCGAGAACCUGCUGCUGCUCUCCAACUCCAAGUCGGCCUCCAGCGAGAAGGACGGCUCGCCCAGCCACAGCGGCCAGGACUCCACGGACACGGAGAGCAACAACGAGGACCGGUCCGGCGCGGCGGUGCCGGGCCUCAUCUACCUGACCAACCACAUCACGUCCGGGGUGCGGAACGGCGUGCUGCCGCUGGUCAAGGAGGAGCAGCAGAGGCAGUACGACGCCAUCCGCGCCAUGGAGAUGGCCUCGGAGGGCUUCAAGGUGGUGGCGGCGGACGGCGAGCAGGUGAGGGCGUACCGCUGCGAGCACUGCCGCAUCCUCUUCCUGGACCACGUCAUGUACACCAUCCACAUGGGCUGCCACGGCUUCAGGGACCCCUUCGAGUGCAACCUGUGCGGCUACCGCAGCCAGGACCGCUACGAGUUCUCCUCCCACAUAACGCGGGGCGAGCACCGCUACUGAGAAGCACGCCAGCAGGGUGGGACCGACGCCACACACACACACACACACACACACACACACACACACACACACUCACACACUCACACAAUGUAAAAUACACUGUAGAUGUCUGUUGUGUUUUUAUACAAGGCAUGCAUGUUUGUUGGCCACAGAUAAAUGUAUACAA